AUGGAAGUGAAUGAAGACAAACUGCAUCAGUUUCAAAAACCUCAUUAUUUCACUAAUGAAGAUGGAAAUGCAGUCGUUUCAAAGACUGAAGAGAAUUUCACACAGAAACAAGCUGGAAAAUCUGGAGUUGAAGGAUCUUUCACCUGCUCUGAGUGUGGAAAGAGUUUUGUAUGUAAAUCAUAUCUGAACAGACACAUGAAGAUUCACACGGGAGAAAAGCCUUUUACAUGCACUCAGUGUGGAAAGAGUUUCACUUAUAAACAAACUCUCAAUGAUCAUCUGCGCCGUCACUCUGGAUUGAGAUCAUUCAGCUGUGAUCAGUGUGAUAAAACAUUUGUUUUUAAACCAAACUUAAGAGCACACCUUAAAGUUCAUGCUGGUGUGAAGCCUCACUUUUGUACGUUUUGUGGAAAGAGUUUUUCACAUCUUGGAUCUUUAAAAGUGCAUGAGAGUAUUCAUACUGGUGUGAGACCUUAUAUGUGCUCUGACUGUGGAAAGAGCUUCACUUCAUCCAGCAACUUAAAAUCCCACCAGAGAGUUCAUACUGGAGAGAAACCGCACAAGUGUUCACAGUGUGGGAAGAGUUUCUCUCAUUCAGGACACCUGAAAGAUCAUGAGAGAGUUCAUACUGGAGAGAAACCGUACCAGUGCUCUUCAUGUGGGAAGAGUUACAGACAAUCAUCUAGUCUACAGAAACAUAAGAAAAAGCAUUGCCUGAAGAUGUCUGAGUGAGUAAAGUUCA